CGCGGGUGUGGGAAGAUCGAGGGUGAUGCGCGCUUAUUCAGGCACCUUGCCUUGAUCGCAGCGCUUCCGGCGGCCGCCAGGCCACGCGAAACUCCUCCAGUCCUCUAGACACGGCAUGCAUCGGGCGGUUGGAAGUGGGAGCCGGCGCAUGUGCUGUCCUGUGCUUCCUGGCCCGCCCUUCUCGCGCAAGCUGAUGUAGCUUUCCUUCCUCCUCCUCCGUUCCGCACCCGCAUCACGGCCGUAGAGACAGCGCAGCUCCCAUCCAGCUCAUCCGAAGUCGGCAGGCCCCAGAGCGCCUCUCUAGCAUGACCAUGGCAAGCUCCAAGCACGACAACGAGCUCUGGCUCAACGAUACCGCAGAAACUUCCCAUGACGAACCUCCACAACCCCUUCGCAUCGUCAAGCAACCCGCCUCUUCCAGCGCCAACUCUCUCCCGACCCAGCAGUGGGCACAGUACCAGGCGCCCUCCAGCUCAACAACACACUAUGGACCGCCGACCUCUCCGCCUCCCACCGGCGGUCUACCAAAUCCCAGAAGAGCACCAGCCUUGAGUAGUAGAAGCGGCACCCCGGCGGAGGAACGUGGCGGGGGAGGAAGAAGUAUGGCUUCCUCGGACGCCUCCUCGGGUGCGGGCAGUGGAUCGGGUGGUGUGGCGACUCGGCCGCCGAGGGCCAGGUUUGAGGCCAACGAUCCCAACCGCCCUACUGGCCAGUGGUCACCUUCCAAUCCUGCUGGCACGAUUGGCGCAUUGGCGCAACGCCGCGGAGCCCCGGCCAAGAACGUUCAUACUGCCGAUGCUCCUGUUCCACCAGACUCCCCGGGCGGGCCCGAGCCUCCUUAUAAGAGCGAGGAUGAGCACGCGGACGAGGCGGAUGAGAGCGCAGGAGAGGACGAGGAAGGCACCCUCUUCCAGAUUAGUCCGAGAAACUCCAUACGCUCGGAGGGGUCGGAAGCCUCCCAGCAGUACUAUCCCCCUCCGCUGGGAGCUGCUCCACCUCAGACAAGCGCGGCCGGUUUGAGCCUUCCCGACCCCGCAGGCGUGAACAGAUUGAACAGCACCGCCUCUAUAUCGACCACCAAAGGCAACAGAGGAUCUCCUCCGCCGCCCGAGACGCCGGCGACCGAUACUAUGCCCACAAAUGGCUUGACUGGCAUUGAGGCAAGAUACGCCGCCUCGCAAGCACAGAGCGCGGCGGCUGCAGCAAGGCAGGCGCAGUAUUCCUCCCCGCCCCCUCAACAGCAAGCAGCAGGAGCGGAAAGUGGACGAUGGAGUCCCACUGAACGUCCGGGCACUUCUCCACAUGGCCCUCCAGUCAUGUUUCAGGGCAACGAAGAAGUCCAGUCGCGCGGGUCGGACGUACCGAGCCAGCAGCAGCGAAGCCGGCAAGGGUCUGGACAAAGCAGAACCCAAACUGGCGCACCAUUGGAGGGCGAGGUGAAUCGCUUGAAUCUUCAUGAAGAGCCACCUCCUGCAUAUGAGCCUCCACCGGCUGGAACUCCCAACUCGCAGUACCCGAACGAAAAGGGAAGAUACGCGAAUACGCCGCAGGCUACUGGCUCAGGAGCGUCUGCAUCGGCGAGGAAGCCACCUACAGCUGAUCCCAACGUUUCGCAGCACCCGGCGUUCGCGAAUGACACGAAUCAGCCACAGCCGCAGCGGAAUCGACAGGGCUCGUCAUCUCCGCAGCAACAGAACGGAGGCCUGCCGCCGGGAAUGUCGCCGAUCCUUGUCGCUCACGCCAAUCAGGUGGCUAUUCAGCAACCACAACCGCAGCAACCUGUCUCGCCCCCUCCCCUGCCAGAAGGUUGGAUUGCACACCUCGACAACAACUCCGGUCAAUACUAUUACAUUCACCUACCAACCCAGUCCACUCAGUGGGAGUUUCCCAAAGGACCUACUCCGCUUAGCCUUUCGGAGCCGAUGAGCCCGACAGGCACAUAUGUUGGCCAGCCCUUCUCCCCCGUGGGCUCGGUCUUCAAACAGCCGCUAUCACCCGGCUUUCCGGUCAACCAGCAAGCGAAUGCAGGCACCUACGAUCGCCUCUCCAUGGCUGCCAUUGCUUCGCCGACAGUCGCCGGCUUUACUGGACCGCCACCGCCGACCGCAGGCGUAGACAUGUUCAAAGUCGCUCCCACCAACGGUGUCUACUUUGGCCCAUAUCUCCGCUACACGAAUCUCGAUCUCGAGAGAGGGCUGUGGUUGGGCAGUAUCAUGCUCAUCACCGAUGCCCAGCAGCCGCCAACGAUUCACAUCCAUCAGAGCGUAGAUCUGAGCCCCAGCCCACGGCAGUUGAAGGCCCACCCGAUCCACUCCCACCAGCGAUGGGUGUUCUACCGAUACGAUGUCGACCUGAAGAUGGACGAGCAAGGACCGGCGAAAUGGACCUAUGCCAUCACUUCGCAUCUCGGUUGCACGCGGUAUGAAUUCCUCGUCGCUGGGCGGUACGAGACUAGCUGGCGCUUUGUGGCACACUCGGGUAACGAUUUUGCGUUGAACGUUAACGCCAACGAGCGGAGCCGGCUCGGUGGCAUUCCCCUCAUGUGGAAGGAUGUGCUGCUCAAACACCAGGAAUGCGGCGGCUUCCACGCCCAGAUCGGUCUUGGCGGACAGAUCUACGCCGAUCGACUGUGGAAAGACAUCCCCGCGUUGAAGCAAUGGACGCAGACGAGUGGAAAGGAAAACCGGAAGAAUGCCCCCUGGUCACCGAAGAUGGACGAGGACGUUGUGCACGCCUUCUUUCACUACUACACGAGCCACUUCGACCAGCCGGCGGUGCGGGAGGCGUUUGCGCAGAUUCCGCAGAUCUGCUGUCUCGACGACCACGACAUCUUCGACGGCUGGGGCAGCUAUCCGGAGUACAUGCAGCAGAGCCACAUUUUCCGCAAUAUCGGCCGUAUCGGGAUUGAUAUGUUCUUACUCUUUCAGCACCACACUACCCACGAGAUCCUUCGCAAUGUGUCCAACGAUGUCGAUCUCUUCACCAUCACGGGGCAAGGAUGGCAUUUCAUCAAGUUUUUGGGCCCCGCUGUGGUGGUGGUUGGGCCUGACACGCGGUCGGAGAGGACGACGACUCAGGUCCUUGCAGGCCCGUCGUAUCAGGGCUUGUUUCCGAAAGUCGCCGUGCUGCCGCCAAGCGUACAACAUUGCAUCUGGCUCUUACCCGUGCCCAUCAUCUAUCCCAGACUAGAGGGCGUGGAGCAAGUUGCGAACACCGUUGCCACAGGCAAGAAGUUCGUCACUGGUGGCUUUAACAUGGCUGGCAAGGUGGUUGGCGGUCUGGCAGGCGUGGUGGGAGCGAAGGGGAUGGUGAACUCCGGUUUUGACGGCGUUAAGAAGGCCGUGGGGAAGUCGGGCUUGAUGCAGGGAGUGCUGAGUCCUUUUGGCGAGAUUGACAUGCUGGAUGAAUUGAGGGAUCUGUGGACGCAUGAGUCAAAGGAUCUCGAGCGCACCUACCUCAUCCGCACGCUGCAAGGCAUCGCGCACAACAAGUCCAUGCGCAUGACCUUCCUCAGCGGCAGCGUGAAUGUGUGCGGCGCCGGCCUCGUGCACGACCCGUCAAAGCUCAGCGACCACAAAACGAUGUAUCAGCUCAUCACCGCGAGCAUCGUCAACGCGCCCACGCCGGGCUACGUGCUGAAGCUGCUGCACAACAACAAGCCGCUGUACAUUCCGCAGAACGGGCAUCGCAGCACGCCCUCCGUCCCGACCGACACCAAAGAGGACAUGAUGGAGAUUUUCGCCGCGGAUGUCGAUGGGCGCCCGCGGGAUUUGCGCCGUCUGAUGGGCAGGAGGAAUUAUCUGGCUUGCGUGAUUUAUGAUCCGGUCACGGUGGGCAAUUCCGGCUUUCCAUCUGGUGGGCCGCAGGAGUCUGGCAAGCUGAGUCUCGCGGCGGACUUUAUGGUGCAGAAUGAGGGGGCGUUUGGGCAGCCGAUGAAGUAUGGACCGGUGGUGGUGCCGUGCUUGGAGUAUGGACGAUGAUGGAACCAGCGGCAAGGCAUGGGGUGUUGAAAUCAUUGCGAGCAU